AGUCUUUUAUUCAAUUCCUCGCAAAGAGAAUCAACACAUGCCUCAAUACAAGUAUCUGUCGGGAUUUGGUUCCCAUUUUUCGUCAGAGGACGAACGCUGCCCCAACUCGUUGCCUGUGGCACAGAAUUCGCCACAGCAGUGCCCCUACGGUUUGUACGCGGAACAGUUGUCCGGUUCGGCUUUUACUGCGCCACGUAAUGAAAAUGUACGCACCUGGCUAUAUAGGAAACUGCCCAGUGCGGUUCACAUGCCGUUUCAACCGUAUAACAAUGCCAAGUAUUUGACGCAAAACUGGGAUGAGCAGCCUCCAAAUCCAAAUCAGAUGCGUUGGAAACCAUUUGAUAUGCCUGCAACUAGUGGCAAAGGAGUUACCUUUGUGGAGGGAAUUCACACGGUUUGUGGUGCGGGCGACGCAAGGGUGCGCCACGGAUUAGCUGUCCACAUAUACCUGUGCAACGUCUCCAUGAAUGAUUCGGCAUUGUAUAAUAGCGAUGGUGAUUUUCUCAUAGUGCCACAAGAGGGCAUUCUGGAUAUAACAACUGAGCUCGGUCGCAUGACGGUGGCACCGAAUGAGAUCUGUGUCAUUCCGCAGGGCAUACGGUUUGCCGUUAAGGUUAAGGCACCAAGCAGGGGCUACAUUCUAGAGGUUUAUGAUGGACAUUUUUGUUUGCCCGAUCUGGGUCCAAUUGGCGCCAAUGGUCUGGCCAAUCCCAGGGACUUUGAGACCCCAGUGGCUUGGUUUGACAAUGCAGAUGUGAGCGAAUUUAAUGUAAUUUCCAAAUAUCAGGGCAGCUUGUUUGUGGCAAAGCAAAAGCACAGCGUUUUCGAUGUGGUUGCCUGGCACGGCAACUAUGUGCCCUACAAAUACGAUCUAUCGAAGUUUAUGGUCAUCAACUCGGUUAGCUUUGACCAUUGUGAUCCGAGUAUUUUUACAGUGCUUACUUGUCCGAGCUUAAGGCCGGGCACGGCUAUUGCCGAUUUUGUUAUAUUUCCGCCGCGCUGGUCGGUGCAGGAGCACACCUUCCGUCCACCAUAUUAUCACAGAAAUUGCAUGAGCGAAUUCAUGGGACUCAUAUUGGGUCGCUACGAGGCGAAGGAAGAAGGAUUCGCUGCUGGCGGUGCCACUUUACACUCCAUUAUGACGCCCCAUGGUCCAGAUGUGAAGUGCUUUGACGGUGCUUCGAAAGCCGACCUUAAACCGGAACGCAUUGCAGAGGGAACUCAGGCAUUUAUGUUCGAGUCAUCGCUUAGCUUGGCUGUGACCAAGUGGGGCGUGGAGACGUGCCAGAAAUUGGAUGCCCAGUACUAUGAAUGCUGGCAGGCGCUCAAGAAUAACUUUAAAAUUGACAAUUGAUCCAUGUAAAACUAUGCAUUAAAGGUUACGGGUUAAAGUUUA